CCGGUAGGCGAUAGAUGCGCGAGCUGUACUUUUCUACAGUGCAGGAGCGCACAGCACUUCUCGAGCUCAGUCCGAGCGUCAAGUGAACGGCGUGCGGAAAACGCAGUGGGACUUCAACCGAGGAGAAGUUAAGGAGCCUGUAGUAUUGAUCGCAGCAGCUUGCACCUGGAUAAGCCCCAUCAUCAGCUCACGGAGAAGCAGAAGAAAGAAGAAAGUGUGUUCACUGGAAGCACGCGGUUGUUACAGACGGAAGGCAAUAUGAUGGUGAAGCAGCAUAUGCUGUUUACCCUGUACAGCAUCUGCGGGAUCGUCCUUAAAGAUAUUCUCGCCGUUUCAGUGGCGGCCACGAAAAACAAAGUGAGAGGAGCCCCAGGCCAGUUCCCUAUCGUCCAGAACAUGACCGUGACAGAAGGUGGGACAGUCAACUUGACCUGCCGAGUGGAUCAUAAUGACAACACCUCCCUCCAGUGGUCAAACCCGGCACAGCAGACGCUCUUUUUUGGAGAUAAGAAAGCGCUGAGGGAUAACAGGAUCGAGCUGGUCCGAGCAACGUCGCAGGAAUUGACUAUCAGCAUCAGCGAGGUCACGCUGGGAGAUGAAGGGAUGUACACCUGCUCUCUCUUCACCAUGCCUGUCAAAACAGCCAAGGCCUUUCUCACCGUCUUGGGUGUGCCUAAGAAACCAGAGAUCAAUGGAUUCACUAAGCCUGCAAUGGAGGGAGAUUUCAUCACGCUGACCUGUGUGACCUCUGGCAGCAAACCUGCAGCUGAUGUCCGAUGGUUCAGGAAUGAAAAGGAGAUCAAAGGUGCCAAAGAGGUAAAUGCCAGUGGCAGGACGUUCACGGUAAAGAGUUCCCUAAAGCUCCAGGUGGACAGAAAUGAUGAUGGCGUGGCUUAUACCUGUAAAGUGGACCAUGUGGCCCUGACAGCUACGCCACAGCAGACCACAGAGGUGUUGGAGGUUCACUAUGCACCACGUGUGGAGAUCAAACACUCCUUAACCAUCCCACAGGAGGGACAGUACCUGAAACUGGAAUGUGUAUCCAAAGGAAAUCCAUCGCCAGAUCCAGUGCUCUGGACUAAAGAUGGAGGUGAACUGCCAGAUCUGGACCGCAUGAUCGUUGAAGGACGAGAACUUACCUUCACGUCACUGAACAAAACAGACAACGGCACCUACCGCUGUGAAGCCAGCAAUCAUCUGGGCACCAAUCACGCUGAAUAUGUGCUGUUUGUUUAUGAUGCCCCCACAACACCGUCACCAUCCACAGCUCCCCUUGCACCCACCUCCCCAGACACUACAGGUCCCUUAGGCUCCAAGCACCUCAAACCUGCUAUCACCGAUCCUAAUGCCCUGGAGCAACGUGGGCCAGAUCACGCUCUGAUUGGUGGAGUAGUCGCAGUCGUCGUUUUUGUUACUCUGUGCUUAAUUAUUGUAUUGGGACGCUACCUGGCACGACAUAAAGGCACGUAUUUGACAAACGAGGCCAAAGGAGCGGAUGACGCCCCGGACGCGGACACGGCCAUCAUCAAUGCAGACGGCAACCAUGCGCACGCAGAGGAAAAGAAAGAGUAUUUCAUUUAGACUGCGGGCCGUACUUCAUUCCUUUCCUCCUAUCGUCCCUUCACUCGUUCCUCCAGGCAUUGUGUAGGAACGUCCUCAGACAGCAGUGGAUUAUUUUUUUUCCUUUCGUUUUUUUAUUUUUCAGUUCGGUUUUGCCUUCAAUAACAGCUCUUCGAUUUCACCUGCUACUUAAUUGUAACUUAUUUGCAAAUGAGCGACUUAUUUGCUGAAGAUGUCACCUUUUGUAACCAUUAUAUAGCUGUAACACACCCCAGGAUAGUCCAGAAAUCUCCAAAUAUGAAAAAGAGAAAUGAUCUGCAGCUAUUUUUCAGUAAGGACUCACCUCCAUUAUUUCACAGUGCCUAAAUAUACAGACGUCCUUUAAGUUUAAUCAAUGCCUUCAUGUUUGUCAGUAGCCUGGUUGCUUACUUUGUAUCUUCAGCGUUAUGAUUUUAAUAAUGUUCUGUGCUCUGUUAUUGCUUUUAUUUUUUGAAUAUGUUUGACUUUUUAUUUGGUUGAGAUUCAUGCCGAAUUCAUUUAUUGUGAUGUUUCUCCAAAAAAAAAAAAAAAAGAUGUACAGUAGUCAAAAUAUACUGAGACUUGAAAUAAGGGAGGUUCCCUUUUUAUUCUGCAGAUUUUUAGGUGUUAAUAAUGUUAUCGGUACGUAGAGAUGCUCCAUUCUCCAAAUUACCAUUACAUGAUGUGAAACUGACCAACUCGCACUAAAUCAGUAUUUUGUACUUGAAAUGUAGAUAUUGGUAAGUAAAAGAAUAGUUCCAGAGAAGGUCUUAGUGAAUUUCACCCUUGUAUUUUAGGUUAACCAACCCUAGUCACCAAAUAAACUUUAUAGUGGGUUAGUGAAUCAGCAAACAGGUAGGCCGGAAAGAACACACCCCCUCUAUUCUUUAAUUGGUUCAUAUUCCUGCACUGAUUGGCCUUGGAGCGUUGUCAUGGCAACAGAUCCACGGCUGUGUGAUGAAGGGAUGGGAAUCGUACUAUAUGCCAUCUUUUCUACUGUUUACACAAACGUUGUGCCGAAGAUUCUCAUAACACCAGAGGAAAAGUAAAACAUUAACAAAUUUAUUAAAAAGCGCAACUGUAUUUCAGUGCCGUUAAACCUUCAUCACUAUGAUCAAUAAAGUUAUUUACAAAUUAAAGCAAAAAGUGUCGCCCACCUGCUCACCUUUCCACUGGUUUUCGGCCAAACAAUAAACAAGCACAAGAUAACUAACGGUAUGAACGAGGUCCGAACACUUCGAGUUUUCCUAAAAAAAAAAAAUAUUUUGCCCAAACCAUACCUAUACCUUGAUGUACUACGGUCAAUGAAAUUGCAAAUUCUGUUGAUAAAUGGUUGGAGCGUUUCUGAAAUUGCGGUAUCUUUUCUGUUCUUAACGUUGAUUUCUACAACGAAUAGCCAACCUUGCUAAGGCUGUAUGAUAUAUCUGCUAAAUGUGGUAACUAGUGAAAAUUGUUGUUAGACUUUGGGAUCCCUAAUACCAUCAAGUUUGUAUAUUAGCUGAUUUAAAUAUUGGUGGGGAAUUUUUUUUCAUCUUAUAUCGUCGAUUUUUAACUUCAUAAUUUUUUCUUUCAGCUCAAGGCAUGUAUAUACUGUAUAAGUAUCACAUUUUGGUAAAAAAAGCAUUUUUUUUUGGGAAAGAUUUUUUGUUUUACUCACAAUGUAAAUUAUUUCAUUUUGCUUAUCGAAAGCCACAGUGAGUACAAAGCAUUCAUGAGUAUGCGCAUUUGUUGAAUGGGAGAAUUUUAGCAUUAAAAGUUGAUUUUCUGUAAAUGAUGAAGAUUAGCGUUCAUGGCUACCAGCAUUACUGUCUGUAUAAGUUGUUGUUUUAUGUCAUUUUCACAUAGACGGAUAUCACUGACGCUUUUAAAAACCAAUAGCUCAAGCUUUAAAUUUUCAAAGUAGACUAUCCAAAAUGUUUUUUUAUAUAUAUAUAUUGUUUAUCCAUAAUAAACCACAAUAACAUAUCACUUCCAUAUACAACUAUCUUAUAUCUUAACUCAACUGUAAUUGUCUUAUAUCCCUACUUUUUGUGACUAUAUUAAUUGGUAGAAUGGUUGGGUUCACUGGGCUGUGUUUUAACUAGAUAAUGUUAAUGCUACAACAAUAAAAAUCUGUUCACACUAUAAAAUUGAUCAACAUUAGCCUUAUGAAAUGAAACGCAAUUGCUUACAGUACACUACUGUAAAGAUUACCCUGAAUUUAUUAGUGUUUUUUCUCCUUUUCUGUCUUUCUCAGUGUACAAUAGACUGGCUCAAUACCAUGUGUCUGCAUAAUGACUGCUAACAAUUUUUACCAAUCUCUGAUGGUGAUACUGACCUAUUGCUGCCUUUUGUGGUCAGUAAAUCACAUGCUAUUAUCAAAACAAUAUAUAUAUCCAACUGCUCCGAUUUUGAAUGGUUACAGUUACAUGCUCAACAUUUCCAACAAUGAAUAAAUCAGCUUCUUUUAUCACCACGAUUGCCUUUGUGUUUGAGCUACAUGUUGUAUGUCAGUCCAGCGCUUGUGCUUUAGUGAGCACUCAUGUCUCAUUGAAGACUUUGGUCAUCUAAUCCCUCUUCUUUUAUACAUUGCAUGACAUAUUUUCACCUAUUUUUUUAGAUAUUUCAUUCACUUUUUUAUUGCAACGAAAUGUAUUUUCCGUUCUAUGCUUUUUCAGCUAGUUAUUUAGACAGUGUUCAUACGUAGCUAUGCGCAAUACUACAGUAAAUAGAGAGUUGCAUGUCUCCCCCUAUAUUCAGACAAAUUAUGAACUAAGUUUAACGUUAACGUUUUCAAACGUAAACGGGAACAUUUUUAUGCAUUUUGGCUGUUCGUUUACACAACACAACAUUUUAGGGUCCUGAAAACUAUUGAAACAUAAAUCUGUGAUAACGGUGACGUCAUGCUCGUGUUUAUUCAGUUUAUAGGCAAAAAGUUUACAAAAUGUUGCCGAUUUAUAGUCACAGGUCACUAAUAAACUUAUUUAAACAUUCAUCUAAACCAAACAACUGGAUGCAUUUGCAGACUUGAUUGUUCAUAUCUAUCGCUUUGUAUGUGCGCAGGUGUGUAUUUCCAGCCUGAUCUCGCGAGAAUUCAUACAUAUUUUACCCGUUGGCUAAUUCUUAUGAAUUCAUACAAAGUUAAUCAUACAAAAAUGUACAAAAACGUACGAUUCUUAUGAAAAAACAACAACGAAACCAAACCCCCAUCGUCACCCAACGUCACAGGGUCCAUGGCAAAUCGCACAAAAACUUGUAAAUGUGGUCAUAUGAAUUAAUACAAAUUUGCCAACUCGUAAAACUCAAGAUAGUGUUAGUAUUUCUUAACAAGGUAACAUCACCGUCUGCAGGCCUGGCACACGUAAUACACCAUAUUUAGUCGUCUUUGCGGAUCCGUGUAAGCGCGGAUCUUCUUGACAGCGUUGUAUGUGUAUUUAAAAUUUUCCAAGAACAUGAAGGAAAACAUUUUAUUUUCAUUACAUUUUUGUAGUGUAAACAUUGGCUAAUUCUUAAAGUAUUAUGUUUGGUCCUACACAAUUUUGAAUGUUUUUUUCAUUGUAAAAAAAGAAAGUUGGAUUUACUUAAUGGAAAACACUAC